UAAGAAAAGAAGUAUGACAACUAUUGGAUCUCGUUGUUUUGGUGUUAAUGCUGUGAAGUGGUAGUGUUGUCAACCGUUUGUGUGAUCUGUGUUCGUUAUCAUGGAAUCGUACGAUGAAGAUCUCAAUGAAAAUCCUUUUUUUCACAUGUUGCAGACGGAACACACAGAAUUGUUUCAGAAAGCAACUGUCGAAGGAUGGAUAAUUUGUGUACCGUGUGAAGGAUCAGUGCCAAAGUACGCUCUUACCGUAGAGGAUUUUUUUAGCCACAUCUUAAUUCCUAGCGACGAAUUACCAGAGAGUCAUUUUAGAACGCUAAAUGAUCGGGACGUCCGUAUUUGUAAUCGUGUGGUUACAGUGGAAGAAAACGAUAUUUCGAGACCCUUGACAACUCAUAUUCUGUUCGAAGAAACGUAUUACACAGAUGAUCUAUUGAAGUAUAAAGUAUUAUGUUUAGAACACCCACUUGAACGUCAUUCAGAUUUUGGUCCAGUGAGCAGUAACUCCUCAGUCGUCAUUAGUAUUCAGACUUUGAGGGACUGUAUAGACUUGUUGUGGACGGAAAGUAGAGGUAGGGAUGUACUUGAAAAAAUUGAUCAGUUGAUUCGUGAUUUUCUUUCGUGUAAUAAUAAUUUGGAGUUCGAACCGCUUCAAGUGCAGAAAGAUUUAGUUGGUAGUCUGUACACAAUUUGUUUACAGAAUGCUCUAAGAGACAGCCGUCUACGAGAAAGAACAAGUACAAAUAAACAUCUUCUUGAGAAUGUUAAAUUAGCAGUGGAAACCUACAUGCUUCACACUGUGUAUAAGAAGGUAAUAAAAGGUGUAACAGCCUGUACUGCUCAUGACGACGCCAAUUUGAAUAAAAUCAUUAGGAAUCUUUCAGAUAUCCAGUUGAGAGAUUUAGGUGUUCGUCAAGAUCUAUAUGAUACUGUGCCAUGGGCGAAGCAGGAACUCGCUCGUAUUGAUGGGUACAGUACUGUAUUGGGCAAGGUUGGAUGUCUGAAACGUAUGUUGGGAGCCAUCACAAAGCAACAUCCUAGCAAGAACAGUCCUGACCUUUUUGUUGGUAAUGUUAUUGCUGCAGAUGAUCUGUUGCCUAUGAUAGUUUUCCUUGUAAUUAAAACUGGUCUACCUAACUGGAUUGCUCACUUGACGUUUAUGAAACAGUUUCAUUUUUCAAAUCCGUCUAAAUGUCAAGUGGAUGAAUAUAGUUUCUUAAUUACAUCUUUAGAAGCUGCAAUUGAACACAUUAACUCUGGUCUUUUCCUAGGAUCUUCCAUUCCAGAAGCUCAAAUAGUUUAUGAAGAAAAAUAUGACAAAUACAAGAAGGCUGAUGAGGAACAACAGAGAAUGUCUACUGAGCCUAGUGGUAUUGAAUACUUGUUUGAACAGAUAAAACUUGGAAAUGAAAGUGAGGUGAAAGGCACUCUGGAUAGAAGCAUUGGUUCAAAUUGUAUGAGAGAAUCAUCUUCCAAGAAAAAUGAUAUAAUAUUGAAAUUAUGCCAUCCAUUAUGUUCCUGUGAUAAAUGCGAGAGUAUCAUUUCGAAAAGCUUGUGCAACACUACUCCCACAAUUAAUUCAUGUGAUGACAGAGGUUUCACAGCACUCCAUGUGGCCUGCAUGUUUGGGCGCCCAACUAUGGUUGAUCUUCUUCUGAAGUAUGGUUCUAAUGUUAAUGCCUGUGACUAUAGUGGUUCAACUCCUGUGCAUUAUGCUGCUGCCAAAGGUUAUCAGAAUGCACUGUUACUGUUGGCCCAUGCAGGUGCACACAUAGAUAUUGCUGACAAUGAAGGCAAUACUCCACUUCAUUUGGCAUGUAAUAAUGGCCACGAAGGCUGUGUGAAGGCAAUCAUAUAUUUUGCUGAACAUGUUGGACUGAAAUUAAAUAUUAAUUGUGCAAAUAGUCAAGGUAAUACUGCUCUUCAUAAUGCUGCUCGCUGGGGUUAUGAGGGUAUUGUCCAUUUGCUUUUGGAAAAUGGGGCACGGCCAGGAGCAGAGAAUAAACGCCACAUAACACCCCUUGAUUAUGCCCACAACAUCCACAUUACAAGGCUUCUGAUGAGGGCCAUAAAAACCAUGCCACCAAGUGGUCUAAUGCCUGGUAGUAGUAAUGGCAUUGUAACAAACCUCACAUCAAAAAGCAAAGAACUCCAUGUAGCAGCUUCAUCAAAGAAGACUCUUGAUUUCAGUGACAGUGUGAAACCCAGGAAAGUGUCAGGUGCAUCACUGCAGAAAGGUUCGAAGACAAAAAAAGUAUUUUAUGGAGUCUUGCCCGAGACCACACAGGGGAUGCGGAAUGUAGAGAAGCUUCUGAAAGCAGUAGCUGCUGGUGACACAAGACUUGCUUGUUAUUACAUGGGACUUGAUGCUAAUGAUGAAGCUGCAUCACAGAAGGCAGCACAGCCAGAACAACAGCAUGAAAAAUGUCACCCAUUAUGCACUUGUGAAAAGUGUCAACCGGAAAAUGAUGUUAAUUCAGAUGAAAAUGGAACUGAUGAAGAGCACUCACACCAUAUACUUGAUGUGAAUGUUUGUGACGGUGAGGGCUUUACACCAUUACAUGUUGCAGCUAUGCAUGGGCGUUUAGAUCUUACACGUUUGCUGAUUGAUGCUGGUGCACUUGUAGAUGUAAGGACUCGGACCAAAGCUGCAACACCACUCCACUUUGCUUGUCAAAAUCAGAGACUUCAAGUUGUGCAGCUUUUGUUAAGGCGGUCUGCAGAUCCAGAUAUUCAGGAUUGGCAUGGGAACACAGCUUUGCAUUAUGCUUGUUAUGUUGGCAACAUAAGACUUGUUGAAACGUUGUUGCAGCUUGCAUCUCCAAGGUUGGAUUUGAAGAAUGCAUCGGGUAAAUCAGCAGUACAGGAAGCUGAAGAGAAGAUGGCUCUUACCAUUGUCAAACUGUUGCGUGGAGGGAAGCAGUUUGUUGUAAAUGGAGAUGAGAGUAAAGACUACUGAAGGGAAUUGUGUACUGAAUGGUUUUGCUACUGAGUGAAAGAAGAAAUAUUUUAGUACAGUAUUUACCGGUAUCAACAUUUAUAUUAUUUCUAUAUGUAAUUACUUUUUGACCCGUGAGCAACAUUCAUUGAUGUUAAGGCUUCAUUUGCCUGCUUCAGAAAUUAAGACAUAUAGAUGUUAUUAGUGUAUUAUUAAAAUAACUGUUAGCAGUUUCCUUAUAAUUUAACUGUAUCAAGAUCUCUGUGUUCAACAAGUCUUUCAGAAACCUUAUGUAUCAAGAAUGCAGUAUAUUUAUUAUACACCACAAUAUUCAGUGUUAGUAGACAGUGCAUUGUAAUUUUCUUUUAUCGCCUUAAGUACAGUGUACAACAUAGUCCUGGCAGAAAUGAAUUCUUUGAGCGAGACUGUGUUUUCGGUAUGUUCCGUGAAGUAGAAUCUUCAUGUGUCUGUUAUUAGAGGAAUUAAUUCAUAAAGUAAGAAAACUGUUUGCACAAGGUGUCCAGUUGCGAUAAAAUUCUCUUGGGAAUGCAGAAUAAGUAAUUGAUUAGUGAACACAGGUCUAUAUGUUGUCAUCUGAUGGGUUUUUUCUUUAGCUACUAAAGAAUUGUACUGUAUGUGAAAAGUGAAAUGUAAACAAACACGAGCAAAGGUAAUGCUGAUGCUUAUCUGACUUUUAUGAGGCCUUAUGAAUUUAUAUUUGUUUCUGACUGGUGUUGAUUUUUAAAGCUGGUGGCCUUCAUGGUGAAAAAGCAGUUAACAGCAGAUAGUAAACAGUACAACAUUUUGAAUUUGUCUUUCAUUUUUAAGUACUAAAUUGCUGUGCUGUGGAGCAGUGAAAAGUGCUAUUCACUUGUACUUGAAAGGCAUUACUUUACAAUGAUAUACAAAAGCACUUGUGUGUGUUUUACAGUUUUCUUUGCCUUUGAAAGAUCUGUCACCAAUUUAUUAUUUCCAUCACAUUUAGCAAUGUGACUUGGUCUGACACUGCAGAAAAAGUGUCACUAUUCAUGACUUACCUUAGUUAUGUUCUUUAUAGUGAUGGUCUCCUGUUAUAGGAAUAUAUUGCCUUACUAUGCUUUUGAUUUUCAUUUUGUUAAGAGUUCAUGGUUGCUGAAGCCUAAUUUUCAUUCAGAAGACCAUACAUUUUGAAUUAUGAUAUAUUUUACUUCAUUAGUGGAUUUUGCGUAACCAUUCAGUACAAGUGAUCUGUAAGCUUUAGGCUUUUACUGUGAUCUCCCCAACAAUAUCCCACGAAAGUCAAUGCUAUUUUGGAGUUGUUUGUGAUCCACAGCAUUCUGUUAUUUUUUAUUAGAUUUCUUUUUAUUUUUAUAACUUGUUCCAAAUGAUGCAAUAUAGGCUACUUUAAUCUGAAUCCUGGGUAACUGGCAUUUUUAUGGUGUGUUUAUGUAUGGCUGCAUAAAUCUUGAUGUUCUUAUUGGUGCUAACCAUUUGGUGCUAUGUAAAGUAAAUCUGCUUAUUUUUAAAUUGUUAUUAAUUACUUUAUGUGGUAUGUUCAUGGUUUUUGUAACAGCAACAUUAAUGCAGUGGCAGUUACUUUUGGAGAUUAACACUUGGAAUUUUGAAGUAAUAAUUUCUUAUAAAAAGAUAUGAUUGAAGGGAAAUUGCAAAACCAUUCUCAGGAGAAGGAAAGAUUGGAACUGAAGAUGUUCAUUGUGAAAAAUAUUUCUAAGUUGGGUUUCCACAUGCACUGAAAACUUUCUUAUGGAUACUCCUCACUAUCUGCAUUAGAAAACACUUUGCUGUCUGCAAAAAUGACAGUCAGAGAAGUUAAAAGCUAUUUCAUUUACUGGCAUAGUAUCACUUCCUGCAACACUGCUGAAGAGUCUCUGCUGAUCAUGGUAACAGGUGGAAAUUCAUCCAUUCUGCUUCUGUUCAUUCUCUUUGCACCUGUUUUAUUUAAUAGUCUAUCUGACGCUGUGUCAGGGAAGUGAGAUUUAUGUGUAACUGGUUAUGUACUGUUUGUGGGGAAGUGUACUUUUAGAAUCAGAGGAAGAUGCGAUAGAAAUUAAAGAGAGAAGCUGUCCUUUUUUCCCCUUAAGGUAAGUCUUUCCGCUCCCGGGAUUGGAAUGACUCCUUGCCCUCUCCCUUAAAACCCACAUCCUUUCGUCUUUCCCUCUCCUUCCCUCUUUCCUGAUGAGGCAACAGUUUGUUGCGAAAGCUUGAAUUUCGUGUGUAUGUUUGUGUUUGUUUGUGUGUCUAUCUACCUGCCAGCACUUUUGUUCGGUAAGUCACAUCAUCUGUGUUUUUAGAUAUAUAAUAAUAGUAAUAGAUAUACCUUCUUCUGAGCAUGUAGUUUGUUGAGUAUUUUGCUGAUGUCUUUGUUCCUUAUACAUUAGCAUUGUUUUUAUGAAGAGUAAUACCAUAAAUUGUAUGUUGCUGUUAUCUCUGGAUAUGCCAGUGGCUCUGAAUACCGGAAGAACUUUUGUUUCUCAUACAGCACAAUAUGGUAGAGCACUCUCCACCUCAUCCCACUCCUACAAAAACAACUGAAACACAAGAGUACAGGCAGUAAAUUAAAUCUUGUGCUUACCAUUUGGGAAAAUAUUAAUUAAAGACAAUGGCGAUAUUUACAAAUAAAUUUAUAUAAGACGUGUAAUGGAACUAAUUUCAAAGCAUUAAUAACAAAUGAGACUGCAGGAAACAUAAUUGAUAUUUAUUUCCAGACUGUGUACAUUGUGAAAAGAUAAAGGAACAUUGAGCAUGUGGGACAAAAUUUUCUUUUUUUUCCUUUGUUAAUUUGUAAUAAUGUGUCUAGUCAUGUCUUAUGAGAAUAACCUAACCUAAUGUUUGUAAUUUAAUAUGGAAAGAAAUUCUUUGAAACCUUGACCUUCUCUUGUAAGUUUUUUUGUUACUGUUUUUAUUCAGAUGUGAUCAGAAGGUCUCACUGUUAUUUUUGGUGAAAAGAGAACCAUAACAAUACUUACAGCCAAGAUAACCUCCUUUUGUACCAUUUAGUAUUGAAACCUUGAAACAAACUGAAUUUGACAAGAAGUUAUUCCUGGAAACCACUUUCAUUAUUUCAAAGUACUGAAUACACAGAAAUGAGGAAAGACUUUGCAGCUGCUCUUGUUUUACUUGAAAUAUAUACACACAACCACAUAGACACAUAAGUGCACCCACUGGCAGUGAUUUUAACCGAAGCCAAAGGCUGGGGUGUUUGGAGUGUCAGAGUGGUUAUGGGUGGUACAGUCUCUAUUCAUUUUUGUUUGCUUCCAUCCUAGAAUUUCACGUAUUGAAGUUUGCAGAAUAUAUUAUAGCAUUGGAAUAUUCAGAGAUGUUUGAUCAUGGAGGUUCUUGUUCAUUUAAUAUAGGGAUUCAGUUGCUCUGUUUGUACCAAUUUACCCAUAUUGCUAAACUGUAUUGUUGAGCAGAAUCUUUUGUACAAUUUCAUACAAUCAUCUUGAAUUACCUUGUAGUGUGUGUCUGCUAUUUGUAUUUCUCACUAGUCACACAGAAUCCCGUUUUGAAUAGGAAGGCAGCCAAAUGGAGCUUUGGAUUACUGUGAUACUGAUAAUUGUAAAUAUCAUUUGUAAAUGUUUUUGUAUACACUCAGCACAUUAUCUUAAAGUCUUGAUAGUUGUCGAUAGGUCUGUAUUUUUAUGCUGGAACCUAGCUUCCGUAUCUGUUGAAAACUAAAACCAAUUGGAGAAAGUGUUUUGUUAAUUUUAUAUUGUAUGUGUAAAUAGAUGUAAUUUUUUUUAAGACUGAAAGAUUUUGAUGUCACAACUGGAAGCAGUGUAAUUUGUA